GAAAACAGCAAACAUGCCUGAAGGAGGAAAAGGAGGCGUAGCGAAGAAGGGUUCCAAGAAAGCCGUUGCUAAGAGCUCCACCAAAGGUGGCAAGAAAAGGAGAAAGUCCAGGAAGGAGAGCUAUGCCAUCUACGUCUACAAGGUCCUGAAGCAAGUCCACCCCGACACCGGUAUCUCUUCAAAGGCGAUGGGCAUCAUGAACUCUUUUGUGGGCGAUAUUUUUGAGCGUAUCGCUGGUGAGGCCUCCAAGCUGGCUCACUACAACAAGCGCUCCACCAUCACCUCCAGGGAGAUCCAGACUGCUGUCCGCCUGCUCCUGCCUGGAGAGCUGGCCAAGCAUGCUGUGUCUGAGGGCACCAAGGCUGUGACCAAGUACACCAGCUCCAAGUGAACACUUCAACUGUCCAACCAACCCAAAGGCUCUUUUAAGAGCCACCCACAUUAUCACUAGAGCAAAUUUCCUUCACAAUACAACAGCUCUUUAUACUUUUCACUAUACUAUUUGAUUUCAUUGUUUUAACAAUCUUGCUAUUGUAGUGUAACGAUCAUGAAAGUGGCUGGUACACUGUUUACUGUGCCUCCUUCUCUGUAAAAAGACUGUAAAGUAACAGUGACUAAAAAUGGAAGUGGAUUUCUGUGUCAACCAUAAACACUAACCAAUUACAAAAAAAAGUGUAAAGCCACACAAUAA